AUGCGACAAUCUCUAAAUACUGGGCAGGCACCUGAUGACUGGAGAGUAGCUACAGUUAAACCUAUUUUCAAAAAAGGUAUUAAACUUGACGCAGGAAACAAUCGUCCAAUCAAUUUAACAUCUACAGUUGGUAAGGUGAUGGAAUCCAUUAUCAUCGUUCGUAUGAUGCAGUUCCUACUGGACAAUAAAGUUAUUCCUUUUGAACAGCAUGGGUUUAUUUCCGGCAGAUCCGUAUCUAGUAACCUCAUUUGUAGCCUUAAUGAUUGGAGCAGAGAGUUAGGCAACGGCAAUCCCGUCGAUGUUGUCUACUUUGAUUUUUCCCAAGCCGUCUGGUGCAUAAAUUUAAAUAUAGAUGGUCUGAAAGUAUAUAAUACCUAUGUUAACUGCGAUCUUAUAAAUGUUGAUAUUAAACCUAUAUCAAAAUGGGCGCUGAAUGGUUUCUUCCUCUGA